GAGGAAGGGAGGGCAAUCUUGUCCGGACGCUAAUAAGACCCAAUGGCUGGUGCAAGGUGGCCAGGAGCUCUGAAACGCGACAGGAGACGGUGGACGGAGGAGAGAAGAAGAAAAAAAAAUGUCAGGAGAGACAUUUCUGGAUGGACAAAGAGGAUGAGAGCGCCACGGGAGCGUCCAUAGGAAUUGCAGGGAGCCGUGGGGCUUUUGGUGUGCGUCAGUUUGUGUGUCUCGUCAAAGGAACUGCAUGGAGAGAGAGCGAGAGAGAGAGAGAGAGAGACAGAGAGAGAGAGAGAGAAGCGCUCUAACACCACAUGAUUUGGAAUGGACCACGAUUUGACCCUCAUUCACAUGCUAUCACACACCUGGAACUGGGGUAUCACUAUAGGUACUGUGAGCCACUGACUCCCGGGAGCCCCAACCCUCCUCAAUGAAGCAGUCCUGGUGGGCCCGCCUGGCACAGCUCGGCCUGCUUGCUGUGUGGACUUGCAUAUGGCUGGUCCAGGGAUGUGGACCGGGCCCUCGGCCCGGCAUCCGUUCCAGGCCCAGGAAGCUCACAGCCAUGCACUACAAGCAGUUUUUCCCCAACUUCUCAGAAAACAACCUCGGUGCCAGCGGGAGAGCAGAGGGCAAGAUCACACGCAACUCUGAGCAGUUCAAUGAACUUGUGUGCAACUACAACUCAGACAUUGUCUUCAAGGAUGAGGAGAACACCAACGCAGAUCGCUUCAUGACCAAGCGCUGUAAGGACUGUUUGAACAGGUUGGCUAUCGCAGUGAUGAACCAGUGGCCAGGGGUACACUUACGUGUGACAGAGGCCUGGGAUGAGGACGGCCACCACCCUCCCGGCUCUCUGCACUACGAAGGCCGGGCCGUGGAUAUAACCACUGAUGAUAGAGAAACAGAGAAGUAUGGUCUUCUAGCCCAGCUGGCUGUGGAGGCUGGCUUUGACUGGGUCCACUACGAGUCCAAAUAUCACAUCCACUGCUCAGUAAAAGCUGAUCACUCCGUUGCAGUGGAAAAAGGUGGCUGUUUCCCAGGCUGGGCCCGGGUGACUGUUGCUGGAGGGGUGCAGAAGAGCCUGUCGUCUCUUGUUCCCGGGGACAGAGUCAUGGCCCUGUCUGGGACAGGCCAAGUCGUGUUGAGUCAAGUCCUCUUGUUUCUGCACCAGGACCAAGAAAGCUGGUCUGCCUUUCUGUCUCUGGAGACAGAAGAUGGCCAGAGAUUGGCCCUUACCCCACAUCACUUGGUCUUUUUAGCCCCACAUUGCAGACUCGACAGCAGUGAGUAUCAGGCUCAGUUUGCUAGCAGAGCCAAAACAGGGGACUGUGUUCUCAUCCAUACAGCAGAGGGUCAAGUACGUCCAUCGCGAAUCAUCUCAGUUUCAGUAGAGGAGAGUGUGGGAGUGUAUGCACCCUUGACAGAAGCUGGAACUGUGUUUGUUGAUGGAGUGCUGGCAUCCAGCUAUGCUCUGGUGGAGGACCACAGACUUGCACACUGGGCAUUUGGACCUGUGCGACUCCUCUCCUCAUUCAAACAGCUACUUUGGGGGGACUGGGAGACAACAAAAGAACAGCAGAACACAGACAGUGAAACAGCUUGCACUAAGAGUCCAUUUCAAUGUAGCACUUUGGCCACAAAGGACAAAGCAGGUUUAUAUGUGGAUAAUGGCACUCUGAACAAACAAGACAAUCUAAGUGAACCUCUUAGGAAGGAAAUUAAAGAGAAGCAGACAUCAGAUGUGCAUUGGUAUGCUCGAUUACUGUACAAUUUUGGAUGUAUCUUUUUAGACUCCAACUCAUUUCAUCCUUGAAAGCCUAAAACUUUAAAGUCCGUAUGUUUCGCCUUGUUCAAUGUUACAAUGUUGAUACAUUUACACUAGCACUUCCUGUUCAUUUCUUCAAAAGAAUUAAAUUACUGGACUGGCUCGCCUUCUUUUUUCACCAUUGUUUGCAUCAUAAUCUAUCCUAAUGAUAUACAUGCUUAUACUUAUGUGAUAUUUUGAAAGAGAUUGAGUUUGAUGAGACAAAUGAUCUGAGCAGGUUAAUGUAAAAAAAAAUGGUCAUGCCAAAAUGACUGUAUCAUAGUCUAUUUGUACAUCAUGUUAUUUCUUUUAAUUAUUUCAGUUAUGUGUGUAAAAAAUAUAUUAUUCUAAUGAGAUAAGAAUGAAUUUUUCCCCACAACAAUAGAAUCUUUAUUUUUGUACUUUCUGAAUCAUAAUAUAUAAAUGUUUCAUUUUUAUUAUAAUAAUUCCACUACAUGUAUUGUAUGUCCUCACAUGUUGUUGUAAAACAAAUUAAAAUGUCAUUCUAGUUA